CUCCUAUUUUGUGAAAUUGUUUGUUGUCAUCUAAAAAUUAUAAAGAACAGCGCAGAACUCAUGAUUUUGUACCAAGUACAACUGUUUUUACAUACACAUUUAUCUACCAUGUAUGGUGCAAUUGCAAUAAAUGAUAUAUGCGAUAAAACCUCGUCAGUCAAGUCGUUAUUUUGAGCUAAUCUUCUUCAACCUUUCUCCGAUAUAAGAGGGAGAUGGCUGUUGUGUAGAGAGAGAGAGAGAAAAUUUGCUUUUUGAAAUAGAGCAAGAAAAGAAAAGCAGUCUUCUUUUUUUAUAGAGAAAUAGAAAUAGAGAGAGAUGGUGGGACCAACAAGGCCGCAGUUUGUUCUCUUUGGAUCCUCCAUUGUACAGCUUAGCUUCAGCUAUGGCGGUUGGGGUUCUAUUCUCACCGACAUCUAUUCCCGCAAAGCAGACAUUUUGUUGCGAGGGUAUUAUGGAUGGAACUCAAGGCGUGCUGUUGAGGUCAUUGAUCAAAUUUUUCCCAAGGAUGCUUCUGUACAGCCAGAUUUGGUGAUAGUUUAUUUUGGUGGUAAUGACUCAAUGGGCCCUCACUCAUCUGGACUAGGCCCUCAUGUACCACUUCCUGAGUACGUAGAGAACAUGAGAAAGAUUGCUUUUCAUCUCAAGAGCCUUUCAAAAACGACACGCAUCAUUUUUCUGACCUGUCCUCCAGUCGAUGAGGAGAUGAUUCAUAAAAACACAAGUGGAAUUUUUAGUGAGCUGGUACGAACAAAUGAGUUGUGCCAAAAGUAUGCAGAAGCAUGUGUAAAGUUAUGCCAGGAAAUAGAUGUGAAGGUUGUUGAUCUUUUCACUGCACUUCAAAGAAGAAGCGACUGGAAAACUUCUUGCUUUACGGAUGGAGUUCAUAUAUCCGCUGAAGGUAGCAAAAUAGUUGUGGAGGAGAUACUGAAGUUGCUUAAGGAAGCUGACUGGACUCCAUCCCUACACUGGAAGUCCAUGCCAAGUGAAUUUCCAGAGGACUCACCGUAUUAUCUUGUGGCUGCUGAUGGAAAAACAACACUGAACCCCACUGAGUGGACAAUCCACAGGGAAAUUCUUUGGGAUUAGGUUCCUGCAGCUUCUUUAUUUAUCUCCAUUUUCCUUUUGGUUUUACAAAAAUUGAACAGCAGAACUAGGAGAAAGAGGGUGUGAUGGUGAGGAUGACACAGAAAAAAUGAAUUUAAAAAUGUUUAUUUCAGUUCAAUCUUCUUGUAAAACGUUUAUGAAUCCAAAUAUUUAUUUUCAAUGCUAUUGUUUCUUCAUAGCAACACUAGUGGAGAGAGUGACUCUUAAUUCCUGGAAGGGAUUUAAUUAUAUUUGGAAUAUUUUACCAUGAAAUUUAAUUUUAUUUGUAAAUGGAAUCUUUAAUAAAAUUUAGUUAUCUCCAAA